GUUCUUCCUCUCCAUCCUUUGCUGUUUCGCUGUCUUAUUCUCUGUUUCUCUUUUUCCCUUUUCUUUCCACAGUGUAAACCUCCCCCCCCCUUUUAAAUCCCCGCCACCUCUGCUUUCCAUCUCCAUCCUCCCCUUCCUCCAUCUCUUUUCAUGUUCACCCCAUCUUUUCUCUUUCUAUUCCACCGUUUCUCUCUCGCCUAGGAAAAAAAGCGGAUAUACUCUCACCUUCCCUUUUCUCCUCUCAUACUAAAUUCUGAGACCACCCUCUCUUCUCUCUCUUUCUUUGCUCACUCUCUCUAUUUCCCACUGGCCCUCCCCCUCCCUUUUCAUGUUUCCCCCUCCCUCCAUCCUCUCUUUCCCUCGCUGGUUCAGUUAGUCAAAGAACAGAUUCACGGAAGGAUAGAAAAGGGGGGAAAGGCAGGACGAGAGUGAGAGUGCAGGAGUGGGGCAGGCUGGGGAGAGGGGUGUGGGGUCUCAGCCCUCUGUCGUGGGGGGUUGGGGGGGUUGAGAUACACCCCAAUAUUUUGUUCUUAGUACCAUGGACUGCCUCUGCAUUGUGACUACAAAGAAGUACAGGUACCAGGAUGAGGAGACGCCCCCCUUGGAGCACAGUCCAGCACAUCUGGCUCCAGGGAAAAGUGCCGAGAUGCUUCAUAUGAGUGACAAGAACCUCGCUGCCAUGGAGGCCAUACAUGGCUACACACCACACACACAUAUCUCUCCUGUCAAGCCUGUGUUGAUGUCAACGGGACACACGCCAAUGUACACCUCUGCUGUUUCCACGCUGGGAAAUACUCCUCCAGUGGUGGUGAACACUGAUACACUCGAUGGCUCCCCAUAUGUGAAUGGGACAGAAGGGGAAAUCGAAUAUGAGGAGAUCACACUGGAGAGAGGUAACUCAGGCCUGGGCUUCAGCAUAGCAGGUGGAACAGACAACCCUCACGUGGGCGAUGACCCCAGCAUCUUCAUCACCAAAAUCAUACCUGGAGGAGCCGCGGCUCAGGAUGGGCGGCUGAGUGUGAACGACUGCAUCCUUUUUGUGAAUGAUGUGGAUGUGAGGGAGGUGACACACAGCCAAGCUGUGGAGGCCCUUAAGGAGGCAGGUGCUAUCGUCCGCCUCUAUGUUCUCCGCAGAAAACCAGCAGCAGAGAAAGUCACUGAAAUCAAACUCAUCAAAGGGCCUAAAGGAUUAGGUUUCAGCAUUGCUGGAGGGGUGGGAAACCAGCACAUACCAGGAGAUAACAGCAUCUAUGUCACCAAGAUCAUUGAAGGCGGAGCGGCUCAUAAAGAUUGCCGUCUGCAGAUCGGGGACAAGAUCUUAGCGGUGAACAACGUGUGUCUCGAGGAUGUGAUGCAUGAGGAUGCGGUGGGGGCUCUGAAGAACACAGCCGAGGUGGUGUACCUCAGGGUGGCUAAGCCCAACAACCUGUACCUGACCAACUCCUACAACCCUCCUGACCUCACCAGCACAUAUUCCCAUAUGGACACUGAACUCAGCCACCCCAACUAUCUUGGGUCAGAUUACCCACAAGCCCUCACUCCCACCUCACCUAGUCGGUUUUCUCCCGUUCUGCAUGGCAUGAUGGGAGAUGAUGACAUCCCCAGGGAGCCUCGCAGAGUUUUGAUCCACCGAGGCUCCACUGGCCUGGGAUUCAACAUUGUUGGAGGAGAGGACGGUGAGGGAAUCUUUAUCUCUUUCAUCCUGGCAGGGGGGCCAGCUGACCUCAGCGGAGAGCUGCACAAGGGCGAUCAGAUCCUCAGUGUGAACGGCGUGGACCUGCGAAUGGCCACACACGAACAGGCAGCUGCAGCAUUGAAGAACGCUGGCCAGACAGUGACCAUCAUCGCUCAGUACAGACCCGAUGAGUACAGCCGCUUUGAGGCUAAGAUCCAUGACUUGAGGGAACAGCUGAUGAACAGCAGUAUGGGCUCUGGGACCACGACACUAAGGAGCAACCCAAAGAGAGGCUUCUACAUCAGGGCUCUUUUUGACUAUGACAAGACUGCGGACUGUGGCUUCCUCAGUCAGGCACUGGGCUUCAGGUUUGGGGAUGUGCUGCAUGUGUUGGACUGCGGAGAUGAGGAGUGGUGGCAGGCCCGUAAGGUCAGCCCCCAGAACGAGGCUGAAGAUGUCGGCUUCAUCCCUAGCAAGAACAGGUCAGACUUUUCACUGGUGGAAAGAAAAGAGUGGUCUCGUGUUAACACCAAAGAGAGGGACCAUGGUCGAGACACCUUGGGCACUCAAGGGAGAGAUAAAACCUCACAAAGUUAUGAGACUGUCACCCAAGUGGAAGUUCAUUAUGCGAGGCCCAUCAUCAUUCUGGGUCCUGUGAAAGACAGGAUAAACGAUGACCUGUUGUCUGAGUUCCCUGAUAAGUUUGGAUCUUGUGUCCCACACACCACACGGCCCAAGAGGGAGUAUGAAGUGGAUGGGCGGGACUAUCAUUUUGUGUCGUCACGGGAACAGAUGGAGAAGGACAUCCAGAGCCAUCGGUUCAUCGAGGCGGGCCAGUACAAUAGUCACCUGUACGGCACCAGUGUCCAGAGUGUCCGUGAGGUGGCUGAGCAGCAGGGGAAACACUGCAUCCUGGAUGUCUCUGCCAAUGCUGUGCGCAGACUACAAGCAGCUCAGCUUCAUCCCAUUGCCAUCUUUGUCCGGCCCAAGUCACUGGAGAAUGUCCUAGAGAUCAACACUCGUCUGACAGAGGAGCAGGCCAGGAAAGGAAUGGACCGAGCCCUCAAACUAGAACAAGACUUCCUAGAGUGUUUCUCGGCUGUCGUGGAAGGGGACAGCUUUGAAGAAGUCUAUCACAAAGUAAAGACAGUUAUUGAGGAGCAAUCAGGGCCUUACAUCUGGAUCCCCACUCGGGAGAGGCUGUGAUGCUGCACCCUAUCCGAACCACCCCUUUCUCACAACCAACAACCAACACCACCCUCCACCCUCACGGCCAAGCCAGCCUCGCCUGCCUGUCUGUCCUCCAGCAAAGUCAGUGCUUAGGCAAUCACUGAGAAUGACACAGAGAGACAAAUGCAUACUAAGACAAACACAGAGACAGAGACAAACACAGGAAGUGACACAGCGAAGCAAAGAGCGAUACCAAACGAGAGAGACUCUGAGACAGAUGUGAACACAGCGAUGUGUAAUUAGACUGAAAGAGAUGAGAGAAAAGACGUAAUCAGUAUUCCACUUUAACGAGGCAGGACUGAGCGUUGAGGCCCUGUUCACACUCAGCAUUAAAAUGCAUCUUGGCCACAAGUGGACAGCUCUACAUACAGCUGUGUCUGCACCCCAAACUGGGAACGCAAAUGUCCUAAACGUAGUUGAUUAAGCACUGCCAAACAACUUAGUGUGUAAUGUGUGUUUUCUCUGUUUAGAAGCAGUUGCAGUUUCCCAACAGAUAAAAGCAAAUGUGAAGUGCAUUCUGAUGCCAGGUGUGAACUGCAGUCCAUCUGGACCUCAGCACAGUAAGGAUAUAUUUGGACAUUAGAUCGGAACAGGGCUUGAAAGAGAGUAGAGGGUGACCCAGCAGGGACGGACCCCGAGGUAGUAUUAAGAACACCUCACCCACCCCUUUCAAGUGUCAUGCUCCCAUUGAACACCUCCAUGCGCCUAUGUCUGAGAAGGAGGUGCCCAAAAAGACGCUGGCCCCUCUUUUUAUAUAACCUCCUGGCUUUCUCUCCUCCUCCUCCUGUCUCCUCUGCCUUGUUUCAGGACAGGAAAGGGGGACGACUGAGUACGGGGCGACCGGAUCCUGCUGAGUCCUUCUAGAUGAGGAGUCUUUUCUUGGCAAAGAGUCCUUUUUCGUGUGAAUCUCUUCUUGGUUCUGAGUGUGAACUCUGAAUAACACCUCAGUGACCAAGACUGACAUUUGCUCAAUCACCCAUGUUUAAUAUUGCGAGGCAUUAUUUAAAGGCAGUUCAAAUAAUUAUAAUGGUAAAAACACAUAUGCUGAAUUUGUGCAUGCAUCCUCAAAGACAAUGGAGACAGGAGACUAAAAACAAUGGAAAAAUCUGACUUAAAAAAGAUAAAAAAGACAGGAAGUAGGGUGUGUUCUCCUUUUCCACCUCCUUAUUGUGGAGGAGUUUUUAGCAUGUCUCAUGGAGGAAGAAGAGAAGAAAGACACAGUCAUAAGAGAUGGUCACGAGAGGCCAAACCUGAGCGCAAUAGAUGCUCUGACAUACGUUUAGCCUCUGCUCUCUUACACACACGCACACACACUCACGCACCCAUACGCUUUCACACCCAUCCACCAACACACACACAUAGAGUUGUAACCUCAGCUGUAACCUAGCACACUCCUCUACAGGGCAACUGGCUGUUCUGACCUGCUAGUCAGAAUCCAGGAUGAAUGUUAUCUCUCUAGGCACAAACAGCAGAGCUGUUAGCUUCAUCGCACCACAGCCGAUUCACCACUCACUCUUCCAGAAGAAUCCCUCAGCCACAGACGUACACACUGUUUCCAGUGGCCACAGUAAAAGCCAUGGCGUGUGUGUGUGUCUGUGUGUGUGUUUGUCUUUGUGCGUGCGUGCGUGCGUGCAUGUGUUUGUGUGUGCGUGGGUCUCUGUGUGUGCGCAUAUGUGCACAUUCAUGUGUGGAAACUCCUCUGUGUGGGAGGAAAAGGUCUUCUUUUAUUCUCUCUUUUCCACUUUUUCUCUGCUUCUUUCUCCCUCUUGUGUCCACACAAAAAUUAAAGCUAAGUCAUGUUUAUUAAAUAAAUGGCCUACAUAUAUAUAUAUAUAUAUAUAUAUAAAAAAAUAUGACUAUAAAUAUAUAUAUAUAUCUUUUUUAUAACAAUUUCUAAAGGGAUUAAGUCCGUAAAAGUCAACGUCUCCAAACAAUAUUCCAUUGUUUCCUUUCGGUAAUAUUGCAGUUUGGUUGUUGAAUUUACACACAUUCCCAUUUUAUUGUUGUAAAACGCAGCAAAAAGCUACAGAGAAAUAACUGAACCGUUCAAUUUCAAGCAGACCUCAAACUAGAGCUUUGAAAUGACAUAUUUGACAUGUACUUGUGUACGUUGAAAACGAUUUGAAACAUGUACAAUGCAGCUGUGUGUGUGUCCGUAUGACUGUGUGCGUGUGCAUACGUGUGUUUGCUGCUUGUGUGUGCAGCUGACAAGAAAGUAUAUGUUGUGUAUAAAAUAUAAAUGAUACUAUAUGAUAAUAUCUAUCCUUUAUAACAUCCACUGGUGGGUAUAAUGUAUAAUAAAUUAAUGGGUGGUGUGCGUAUGUGUGUGUGCCAGAGUGAGAGAGUGAGACACCCACAUGAAGAUGUAGUGCAAUACUGCUAUGAUGUUAUGCAAUGAAGAUGGUUUUACGUGUGUGUCUAAGAUUAAAACAGUAUUUAUAAAGUUUGCACUGACAGCAUUAUAUGCUACAGGUAUCAGCAAGAAAACGAAGGUGGACUCCAAGUUUUAUGAGCAUGUGUUUGUAUUUACUUUUACUUUGUUCUGAAUUAUGAAAGUGAAGGUGGAAGUGUUGAUGGAAGUGACCAUCCAUAUUUACUGUUUGUUUAUUGUUGCUCACUUGCUCCUCUCAGCUCAAGGUGGAACAGCUGAAGCUUGUGAGUGACAAGUACCACAUUUUUGUUUACAGUAUGAUUUAUUAUUUAUUAAGAACUGUCACAGGUUCCAUCUCAAGUCUGUAUAUUUUUGUAUUUUUUCCCACAUUGAGAGAGCUUUUGGGUCUCGGACAGGAAUGCUGUAUAUACAAUAGAGAUGUUGGAGUGCUGUGUGGCUUUUGGUUUGGUCUUGCACACUGCUGAAUUGAUGCAAGUACAGGAUACAUCAGAGCCACAGCCCAGUUAAACUGCUCUAACAUAGAAAUAACAUCUGAACACUCCAGGUGGGCAAAACACACACACACACACACACACACACACACACACACACACACACACAAACACACACAUACGCACAUAAAGAUAUCAGCACAUUCAUUUACAUUUACACUUUGAGGGAAUCACAGAAACAACAACACAUGACAACAUAUCCAUGAAUGGAAUAAUAUGUUUUCAAUUUCUUUAUAUGAGGGUUCAAUGUAUUUCUUAAUAUCUCUCUCAGCCAUCCGUAUCAUAGUGUGAUAUUCCUUAUAAAAUAUAUGAAUUUUUACAGAAAAGACAAAGUUACAACAAAGUCAACUGAUGCAGAAAAAUAUAUUUAACAAUGACAAUAUCAAGCAAAAUAAAAUGUUCCAGUUCAGUGAAGCGCUUGUUGUAAAUUAGCUAUAAAAUAAUAAAAUUAAUUUAAAAAUGCUUUCUGAAAA